UCCAAACAGCGCACUGCAACGACGGCGCGGGCAGCGCCGAGACGGUGACGCAGUACUUCCGCCAGGAGCCGACGACGGUGUACACGACGGUGCGGCGCGUGACGACCGUCGCCGAGGUGACGAGCCAGGGCGUCACGACCGUCGAGGUCGACGCGACGUGCCACUGGCCCGCGGGAGGCCCGCCUGCCCAGCAGACCGACUCGCAGCCGCCGCAGCCGUCCGAGUCUAGGCCGGAUGGGUGUGACACGUGUAGGCCGACGUUUAGGAAUGGGGGUUGGGGCUGGGGGGCCAGGGGUGGUGGUGGUGGUGGUGGGAAUGGUGGUGGUCGCGGUGGAGGUGGAGGAGGCCGUGGCGGCGGCGGAGGAGGUCGUGGCGGCGGAGGUGGUGGAGGACGGGGAGGCGGCGGUGGAGGACGGGGUGGUGGUGGUGGAGGACGUGGUGGUGGAGGACGGGGUGGUGGAGGACGGGGUGGUGGACGAGGGGGUGCCGAAGUCGAAAAACGAGCCGUUGUCGUCGUCACCAGCACGGUUUACGACACGCAUACCGUCACCAGCACUUCCGUCGUCACUGCCAAGGCUACAACUACUGUCGAGACAUCCUAUGUCAGCGUCCUAAAGACCAUUACUGCGCCAGCCCAGACAGUGUGCGAUGCGGACCCGGGUGAUGCCAUAACGGUUGUUUCUCUAUUGCCACAGGAGACCGAGACCGAUGUGUCUUAUAUCACGGUCCAGACUGUGGUUACCCAGUGGGUUGGUCAAACCCAGUAUACCACCCAUACCGACUACAAUGUUGCGAGUGCCUGUUCGCGGGGAGGUGGCUGGUACGGAGCUUGAAAUCUAGCCAUCCGUUCUGUCGGGGGAUCCUGUCUGUAGCAUAGUAUUUCUAGAUAAUCCACAUUAAUCUAGUCGACCCCUGGACUCCUUCGUGCAGCUAUUCAUCACGUGUUAAGGAGUGGGAUGGUUGAUGGUAGGAUUUGUGCACGG